AUGCCAAGACCCCCAAGAAAAAUCAGAACAAUAUUACAAGACAAAGACAAAAACAAUGAAUCUGUACUAAAUGAUUUGAUUGAAGUGUCUCAAGUUAACAAGAAAUCUAAAUAUAAAAAAACGGACAAAACCAUCUACGAAAAUUCUGAAAAAAAAACUUCUAAAGAAUUAAAAGAAUUAGUAAAAAAUGGAUAUUUACCCGAAGAGGAAGGGGAUAAUCCGGAAGAUCCCAAAUUAAACAUAUUUUCUUCGAAAAAUGAUCGAAUUCCAAGUAUUCCAUUUUCUAUUCAAACGGAUUUAAGCACUAAUAAUGAUAAUAUUGACUUCCAUACCUUUGAAUUCGUAAAAGCUAGAAAAAGUGACAAUAACUUUCUGCGGAAAAAUAAGGAUAAGUCAUUGAGAGUAAAUGCGGAUGAAGAUGAAAAUGAAUGUGAAUAUGAAUCUGAAUCUGACAUUAAGAUUCAAAAUAUUAAUCAAUACAAUGAGUUGAAUAAUGAGAAAUCACAAGAUAAUUCACAAUAUAAUUCGCAAGAUGAUUAUGAAUUGCAAAUUAUUCAGGAAAUCGAUGAUCUUUUCUUGUUUUCAACAAAUGAAGAUCAAGACUUAAACAAAUCUCUCGAAAAUUUGGAUCAAUUAGAAAAUGAAAUCGUCAAUAAUAAUCCACCAUCACAAUUAAAUACUAUUGACUCACCACAAGUUCACGAAAAAAAUUCAUCGCAGCCAAAGCAACCGAAACGGACAAGAAAAAAGAAUUUACGCGUGGCUAAUACAAAUGAUUUGCUAAAUCUCUUACCUCGUCGUAGACGUGUAAAGAAUGGACAUAAAAGAAAAAACAAUCAUGACAAAGAGUCAGAAAAUGAAGAAGAUAAUAUUAUUAAGAAUGAUGAGGAUACCAAAACUAUUAAAUCGAAAAAGAUAAAGAAUAGAAAAGGAAUGAAAAAAAUUAUGAGUCAAAAUGAAGGAGAUGAAGUUCUAGAUGAGGUUGCUCAACGAGAACAUGAAGCCCGAAUCCGAUAUUUCGAGGAGGUAGAUAAAUAUAUUUUACCAGUAGAAGUCAUCGAGGAUAAAGUUUUCUUUGGAUGA